AUGCCGCGUCCCGCGAAGAAAGGAAUAUGCAACACAUGCCGCCGUCGCAAGCUGAAAUGCGACCAGGCACUCCCUGUAUGUGGACAAUGCACGACUACUGGCAUCUACUGUGACAGAUCAGAGAAGUCUACUCGAUUUAUUGAACAUCGGGGAUUACCUGAUCCUGAUACACCACGAAAAGCCCUUCAAGAUCAAAACAUUGCGCGCCUGUUUCAUUCAUAUACAUCGGACAUCUCCAAAUGGUACGACCUCAGUGAUUCAGCAUUUUCAUUCGGUCAAAUUGUUCCUACAAUCGCCCUGGAUGAGCCACUUCUUUUCAGCGCCAUCAUCGCAUUGGCCGCUAUGCAAACGUCCAAGACAUCAUCACCCAGUUUUCGAAAAGUCGCCGAACUCUACCACCAUCAAUGCGUCCGUCUUCUCAUCACUCUAAACGAGGGUGAUCAGCUGAUUUCUCGAGGUAUCGCCCUCGCUGCGACGUGUCUCUUGAGAUCUUACGAAAUUCUCGACGGUGAUGUUGAUCCCAACAUGCAUCUUCGGGGUGCUUACUCGAUGGCUUCGUUGCAUGAUGUUCUUUCGGGAAAUCUGCGAGCCGGACUCCUCGGAGCUGGCUUCUGGAACUACCUCAGAGAGGACAUUACGUUUAGUCUCUUUGAGAAGUGUCCGUUGAAGAUGAACCUGGACAGUACGCCGCUUAUUACGCAACACGAAUCUGAUCAGGAUUAUCUCAAUUCCAUCACUUUGAUUCUCGGGAAGACUAUUAACAUGACAUAUGGUCAAGACACAGAUAACAUGCAUUGGAAACAUCUUACUGAGUCUCUCAGGAGUUGGCGCAGAGCAUGCCCAGAUCAUACGAGGCCUUUCUCGAGGGAAGUAAUUACAUCGCAUCUGUUUCCGGCGGCUUGGUUCCUGCAACCAUAUCAUGCUGCAAUUCUUCACUACCACCUCGUCACAAUGACAUUUGUCUGUCUCCGCGGCCAACUAGAGGCUCUAGAGGAUCUAGAUACUCUCAACAUCGAGGCAGGAUCCAAGGAACAGAUUCUUGAGAACUUUGCCCGUGAGAUUUGCGGAAUCGCUUUUACGGCAAAGGUCCCGUCUGUUCUUGUGAAUGCAUUUGGACCGAUAGCGUUCUGCGCAAGGUUUAUUCGUCAAGAACCAAUGCAGCAAGAGGUUAUUCGUCAACUCCUCGCUUGCAAAUCAAGUAUUGGCUGGCCGGUUGAAAGACUCAUCACUGAUCUAAAGGCACAUUGGGCAACACUCUAG